CUAUAUCGCAAAUAAUUUGAAAAACCCAAUAAAUAAAAGAUAAAACCCCCUCCCCCACGAACUCAAUCCAAAAUUCAUUCGCUUCACAAGAACUCCUUUCCUUUACGUCUGCGUCUCUAUGUUUUCGUCUUCUCCCUCGCGGAAUCUCUCUAAUACAUUUGUAUAGGUCAAGGGACAGGUUUUUGGAUAGGAAGAUUGGUGUGGCGUAGGAAAUUGGAUUUUGUUUGAUCUUGGAACGAUGUCAAUGGAGUCGGGCGCCUUGCCGGACACCGGGUCGCCGGAAUCCUCAUCGGACUUUGCGUUCGCCUUCAACGACGUUAAUUUCUCCGACAGGGUUCUCCGGAUCGAGAUCUUACCCGACACGACCGGAUCCAAACCCGACCCGGAUGACAGCCUCGCUGAUUGGGCGCGUAACCGGAAGCGUCGCCGCGAUGACCAGCUCAGUAAUGCUGAUGAACGGGCAGAACAACGCGAAGAGCAGAUUUUAAAUUGCAAUAUGCCGGAUUUAGAAGAUGGUGUUACUUAUGAAAAUCAAGAGGAGGAAGCUGUUGCUAUGGUUGAGGAGUCACCUGCUGGUGCAGAAACAACAAUCAAUCAGUCCGGUCAAGAAGCCGCUCAGGGCAGUGAAGCAUCCUCUAGCAUGGACUACUCAGAAGUCCAAGUCAAGACUAUACACAUCAGCUCUCCAAUUUUGGCAGCAAAGAGUCCAUUUUUCUAUAAGUUGUUCUCAAAUGGAAUGAGAGAGUCAGAGCAGCGACACGUGACUCUACGUAUCCAAGCCUCAGAGGAAGCCGCCCUGAUGGAUUUGCUGAACUUUAUGUAUAGCAAUACUUUGCCAAGAACUACACCUACAGCUUUAUUGGAUGUGUUGAUGGCUGCUGACAAAUUUGAGGUUGCGUCAUGCAUGAGAUACUGCAGUCGAUUACUGUGCAAGUUAAAGAUGACUUGUGAAUCGGCCUUGCUAUAUUUGGAUCUUCCUUCAACUAUUUUAAUGGCUGAUACAGUUCAGCCGCUGACAGAUGCUGCAAAGCAGUUCCUUGCUGCACGCUUCAAGGAUAUAAGCAAGUUUCAGGAAGAGGUGUUGAACCUGCCCUUAGCUGGUAUUGAGGCAGUUCUUUUCAGCGAUGAUUUGCAGGUGGCUUCAGAGGAUGCUGUUUAUGAUUUCGUUCUAAAGUGGGCCCGAAUGCAUUACCCAAAGUUGGAGGAGAGACGAGAGAUAUUAAGCACGCGCCUACUUCGUUUUGUUCGUUUCCCAUGCAUGACCUGCAGAAAGCUGAAAAAAGUCCUAACUUGCAGUGACAUUGAACCUGAACUAGCCUCCAAAGUUGUUCUUGAUGCUCUAUUUUUCAAGGCUGAAGCUCCAUAUCGACAGCGUUCUCUUGUUGCAGAGGAGGCCAACGCUUCAUUCCGUCGAUUUGUGGAGCGAGCAUACAAAUACCGACCCGUGAAGGUGGUUGAAUUUGAAUCUCCUCGUCAGCAGUGUAUAGUUUACCUUGAUCUCAGGCGUGAGGAGUGUGCACAGCUCUUCCCUGCUGGUCGUGUCUACUCGCAGGCUUUUCACUUGGGUGGGCAAGGAUUUUUCUUGUCAGGCCAUUGCAACAUGGACCAACAGAGUUCUUUUCAUUGCUUUGGGCUGUUUCUGGGUAUGCAAGAGAAGGGUUCGGUAGCCUUUACAGUUGACUAUGAGUUUGCAUCGAGAACAAAACCGUCGGAAGAUUUUGUGAGCAAGUAUAAAGGAAACUACACUUUCACUGGAGGGAAGGCCGUCGGCUACCGCAAUCUCUUUGGCGUGCCGUGGACCGCAUUUAUAGCUGAUGAUAGCCCUUACUUCAUCAAUGGUAUUCUCCAUCUGAGGGCUGAGCUAACAAUCAAGAAAUGAGUAUCUCCAAUACCUAGUGUCUAUAGCUUCCUUAUGAAGUCCUAGACCAAUGUUUAAUUUAGUCGAGGCAAGUGUUUUUUGGAUGGUUAUUACAACUUUUAUAGGGACUUCAGUGUACAUAUUCAUCUGCUGGCAGAAACCUGUAUGUCGGCAGUUUGGUGGAGCGUAAGAGGCUAAAGUUACUUCCGUUAGAGAUGUUUCUGAGGGAAGGAAUCUCAGUCCGGUCCAUCUUAAAUGGAAUACUGGUACAUUUUGCUUUGAA